AAGGAAAAAAAGAAAAACAGCAGAACCUCCACUAUCUUGAUGAUCGUCAUUAGUCUCCAAAUCCACAUAACAUUCAAACACUUUAGCGCUUGGCUGAAUUAGCCGUCCGAAUCCAAACUCUAAUAUUAUAAUAAUACCCAUGUGUUUGAUAUUGUAAUUGAAAUGUAAAAUUUAGUAAAUGACACACACAAUCACUCUCUUCCCUUCGCUUUUAAAUAUCUUGACACCCUCAUUUCUCUUUGUUCUUUGUUGUUUUUUGUCUGAGUAGAAUUGAUUGGAGUUAUGAAGAGAUACAGGAAUGGCGAUAUCUGGGAUUUCGAGUCCGGGCAGGGUGGAAGAGAAGUUAUUUUGGGGCUGGAUGGAGGCACCACCUCAACUAUCUGCAUUUGCAUGCCCUUAAUUUCCUUGUCCGACCCUUUCCCUGACCCUCUUCCACUUCUUGCUCGUGCUGUGGCUGGCUGCUCCAAUCACAAUAGCGUCGGCGAUGCCGCACAGGAGACAUUGGAGCAAGUAAUGGCUGAUGCCCUUUCACAGUCAGGUUCCAAUCGAGCUGCAGUUCGAGCUGUUUGUCUUGCAGUGUCUGGUGUUAACCAUCUCACAGAUCAGCAAAGAAUACUAAAUUGGCUUAGAUAUAUAUUUCCCAACAAUGUAAGGCUAUAUGUCCAUAACGAUGCUGUGGCAGCUUUAGCUAGUGGAACAAUGGGAAAGCUUCAUGGAUGUGUUCUAAUUGCUGGUACAGGGACAAUUGCCUAUGGAUUUACAGAAGAUGGCAGAGAAGCCCGGGCUGCUGGUGCAGGACCUGUUCUAGGUGAUUGGGGAAGUGGAUACGGUAUAGCUGCACAGGCAUUAACUGCAGUAAUAAGGGCUCAUGAUGGUCGUGGCUUGAAUACAAAGCUUACAUCAGAUAUCUUAAGGACACUUCAUCUUUCUUCUCCAGAUGAAUUAAUUGGGUGGACCUAUGCUGAUCCAUCUUGGGCUCGCAUUGCUGCACUUGUUCCAGUUGUUGUAUCUUGUGCAGAGGCAGGUGAUGAAGUUGCAAAUAAGAUAUUGCUAGAUUCAGUACAAGAGUUGGCUUUAAGUGUGAAAGCUGUUGUUCGGAGACUUGGUUUGUGUGGUGAAGAAGGAAAAGAUUCUUUUCCUUUUGUCAUGGUUGGUGGUGUUCUUGAAGCAAACAGAAGGUGGGAUAUAGGAAAAGAAGUCAUAAAAUGCAUCACUAAGGAGUUUCCUGGUGCAGUUUCAAUUAGACCAAAGGUUGAGCCUGCUGUGGGGGCAGCAUUGCUGGCUUGGAAUACAUUUAUGAAUGAAAGAUGAUCUCAUGUUGAUUCCAGAAGAGUUCAAUUGUACAGUAGCAAGGACUUAUUGGGAAGGAAAAAAGGGCUGCGGAAAAAAGAAAGAGUGAUUGAAACAUAUGUUUCUCCAUACACGGUUAGGUAUUUAAAUGAAUUUUUAGUGUUGGUAGAUUGAUGUUUUCAAAUUAUUAUUAUUAUUUUGUCAAUUUCAUACUUGUGUUAGCUUCUUAAGUUAGUAUUUGCUCAUGAAAGUGUAAGAACAUACUCGUCUCAAUAUUAUGAAAGCAUGCGCUCUGCUUGUCUUGCAUUUGCUUUA